GCAGAAACAGGGGAACCUGACCGCUUUAAAACAACAAACCUCAGGAUUUACGCACGUUUUUGGACCGUUACGCGGCUUUUAGCAACUUAUUUUCUCAAUUUGGGAAUAACAAGCAACAGUUCAGAGAGGCAGCCGAGGACUGCAGGGAGCAGGCUCGCUUGUCCAUGACAUCACAGUGGCGGCGGCAGCAGCAGCAGCACAAAGGCUAGCUGCUGCCCACCAAGCCCAGGGCCAGAGACUGAUCCUGGGCAGAGAGAGCCAGGUAAAUGCCCCCCGGUCCUACCAUCAGACAGCCCCCACGCACUGAGCUGGAUCAUGCUUUAGCUGCCUGACAGUCAGUCAGAAUGAUGGCCUCUGUAGUGAUCGGGGGACAUCGUAAGAAGUCCCUCACUUUGAGAGGCGUGGACCCAGAGACCUGCAUGAUUGUGUUUAGGAACCACUGGGCCCAGGUGGUGAAGAUCCUGGAGAAACACGAGCCGAGUCGCAGCAGCACCAGCGCGCUGAGUUUCCUCACAGGUCACGGUAGCAGCGGCAGCAGUGGAGCGUUACGUCUCGGUCCCAUCCCAGCUGAUGAGGCCAGCGCCGUCCAGAACUACGUGGAGCACAUGCUCUUUCUGCUGAUGGAGGAAGAGGCGGGACAAGGGGGAGCGAUGGGUCCGAUCUUGGAGUUUGUGGUUCUGGAGGGCGUGAUGGAGAGGCUGUUUCUGUGGAGCCUGAGGAGACAGUUCACUGAGGACAUGAAGCUGGAGCAGCUCAGGAUGUACCAGAUGCUUCUGUCUCAGGCCAAACAGCCUCUGCUGCACCACAAACCGGUUCUACGCCCGCUCAUGAUGCUGCUCGCCUCCUGCGCCGGGGCUGCAACUGACACCGGUGGUGUGGUGGAGGCGGAGCUGGUUCUGCUGUUGAACCAGCUCUGUGUGGCUCUGGUCAAAGAUCCCUCUGUGCUCGAACUGUUCUUCCACACCAGCGAGGACCAGGGAGCCGCCAACUUCCUGCUCUUCUCCCUGCUCAUACCAUACACGCACAGACAGGGUUUGGUAGGCCAACAGGCCCGAGAUGCUCUGCUGCUCAUCAUGUCUCUGUCAGCCUCCGAGCCACGAGUCGCUCAGCACAUUGCAGAGAACACGUACUUCUGUCCUGUGCUGGCCACAGGUCUGUCUGGUCUGUACUCGUCUCUUCCAGCCCGGCUGCAGGUUUACAGUGAGGACUGGCAUUACCUGGAGCAGGCGGACUGGCAGCAGGUUCCUGCUCUGGUCCACUUCCUGCACUCACUGGACUUCUGUAGUGCUGUUGCCAAGGUGGCUCAUCCCUCCAUCCGCUUUCAGCUGCUGGGUUACAUCUACAACGGCUUCCUCGUGCCUGUACUCGCUCCGGCUCUGCACAAGCUGACGGUGGAGGAAGUGAUGACCACCACAGCGUACCUGGAUCUGUUCCUGCGCUCCAUCUCUGAGCCUGCCCUCCUCCAGACCUUCCUGUCCUUCAUCCUGCUGCACACACACGACAGCGUUCACAUCCUGGACACACUGGUCAGCAGGGUCAACACACCUUUCCAGUUGGGCACGGUGUCGCUGGCGCUGUUCAGGACUCUGAUCGGACUCUUCUGUGAAGAUGUGAUGCUGCAGCUGGUCUUCAGGUAUCUGAUUCCCUGCAGUCACCUGAGCAGGAAGCAGCGCUGUUCCUUAAAGCAGAGGGAUUGUUAUUCCUCCAGCGCUGCAGCUUUCCUACUCCUAAUGCCCUCCUGGUGCCCUGUGCAGCUCCAAAACUCACCCACACACUCAGAGCACAUCCACUGGCCCAAAGGAGCAGAUCUAUCAGUGUCAGACAGUGUUGGUUACUGCCGUGGUUCAGACUUCCUGAUGGAUGUAAACUACCUUCAUUACCUCUGGGAUGCCCGCCAGGCUAUCUCCACUGCCCACAGGGUGUGCCGUUUAUGGUCAGCUCCUUAUGACGGCAUCGACCCUCCACCUCAAGAGUAUCGAUCUGACACACCAGGUGACGACAUAGAUGAUGAGGAUGAGUUCGUACAGCGAGUCAAGAGUGACUCCAUAGGCUCUUUGGUCAUCAGUCCUCCCCCUUCUGCCCUCUCCCCCACACCGUCCUCUUUAGAUAACUGCCAGGCAGGGAGAGCCAGCUCUGCCCUUGAGCUGGAGUGGGAUGACAUCUUUGCAGAUGAAACUUCCUUAUCUUCGGCAGUGGUAAAUAUGGCAAAUGGCAGCAUGUCCGUGGAAACCGAUGGGUGUAUUUUUCCUCCAGCACCUCCCCCGCUGCCUCCUCGACACAUCCAGGAAAUGCGUCGCAAUGCGACCAAGCUGGUGCACGGCUCUUACGUAGAAGAGUCUGAAUUUCAGGACGAUGUCCUUGUCUAUGAUCUUGUUGCUAAAAAAGAUGCAAAGGCGGCCAUUUUGGAGCGGAUCAUGGUGGCAAAUCGCCGAUCCCGUGGGAGCAUCUCAAAAGGACAGCGAAUUUCAGCAACAGCAUCAGCAACAAUGUUAACAACAAUGUUAACAACAACAGGGAGGACGGUGAUGGAAACGGUAAAUACCAUUAUGUUGACUAGGAGGAGGAGUGAGGAUGGAGGCAAAGAGGAAAGAAGGAGGAGUGAGGACUGUGGAAGGGAGACGUGGAGAACAAAGGAGGGAGAAGAGGAGACGAAGAGGAUAUUCAGUCACAGAGGGUCCCUGGGAGAUCAGCUCUUCACCAAUGGCUUCAAUGUAAAGAAUCCCAUCAUCGGCGAAUGUGAUGAGGCGGAUGAUGACAUAAAGUCUUUAAAGCAAAACUGUGAACUGAAUGACUUCACAGCUCAUGUCAAUCACACGACUACAGCACAUCAGCAACACAUACAUCACAGCACACAAGCACCCUUGCCAUGUUUAGUGACAAACGCUUUAAUCAAUGGCCAUUAUGAAUCUGAACCAUGUGACCUUCCCGUUUCUCCAAGCCCGCCUGACAACAACACGAACAACAAUAACUUCCUGUCCCAAUACCGCGAGCUCAUGCUCUCAUUAGGGGUGGAACCAGACUGUGAGGACAUCACAGAUGACACAGACACAUUCAGCAAACGCGUCCAAGUGCUGAGACAAAAACUUGAAGAAGACGAAGAGGAACUUUGCACCGACUUUAUUUUUAGCUCCUUGGGGGAUGAUGCAGAGGAAGAAGGAGAGGUCGAGGUGGAAGAAGAGGAAGAAGAGGAGGAGGAGAGCAGGACAAACAUAAAGAAAGGCAGCAGGAGACACGGAGUUCCAUUUACAGGUCCGUUCAUCAGUGUGCUGUUGUCCCGGCUGGAGAACCUUCUGGAAAACUCUAUUGCUGUGAACCUGCUGGUGACAGGCAUUCUGGCCCAGCUGGCAUCGUACCCGCAACCUCUUCUGAGAUCCUUUCUUCUCAGCACAGACAUACAAAACCAGCCCAAUGUUCGCACACUUUACCAGGUGUUGGUGUCGGUGCAUGCUCAGAUAGAGCGUUACGUGAUGGCCAGACCAGACUAUCCGGCUCUGGUCACUCAGGCCUGGAGAUUCUUGUUGGCCAAAGACCAAGACGGCAAAUUCAGAGAGUGCCUCCAGUCUCAGGGCGGCGACAUCAUCCUGAAUCCGUCGCUUCCCAAUGGCUCUGUGAAGAACGCUCUGCCUUUGCCUCCUCUCAUUGUCUUGCCCCCCUGUCCUACCAUACCCCCUCAAGCCAAGAGCCGAGUCUUCGCCAUCAUCCUGUACGCUGAGUUCCUGAAGGAGCUGGCUGCCAUUGCUCAGGAGCAUAGCAUCACUCUGGACUGUUCUUCUGAGGAGUAACAAACAAACAAACAAAACAAUAGUUCAAUUGUGAAAAUCUGCCUGCCAGAUUGCUGCUAAUGAGAUGAAGGACCUGCUGUGGCUUCCAGCAGAGGACUGAGCUCCAAGGAGGAUACAUGUAGCACGAACUACCUUCCUUAUCGAGGAUUAAUACAUGUGAAUAAUCAUAUUCAUAUUAUGUGUAUAUUCCUGGCAGCACUUGAAAAGUUGAUGCUUUCCCCAUGUGACUAUGAUCGAUAUUUAUAAAAUGAUUUGAAGGAGAUUAUUUUGAAGAUAAAUCAGUACUGAGUUUUAUAUAUUUGUGGGAUCUUUGAAAAUAGUUUUCUACGAUAUUUUCUUAAAUCUUUGCACAGAUUUGUUGAGGUGUAAAAAAGUUAAAGAUUUGGUUCAAAAUGCAGCGGACCUUACUAUUCCUCCAACUCAGGAUGGACAGCAUGCUGCAGAAACUAGCUGAACUAACCUUACAUGCACUAAAGUGGCUUUACAAACACAUCUAAAAAUUAUAACCAACAAGUAUCUAUCAAACAACUCAAACUUUCUACACUAUGGUUUCACAUCCGGUGAAUAAUUUUUUUGACCAGUGAGAAUAAAAGAGGGAUGUAAUUUUUGAGUCUGAAAGGUGAAGUCAAAGUGGAAUUGUCUUAAACCUGCAAUCUUUUUACUGACCAUCGGGGGGUGCUACACGUGAUUGCAAAAAACUACUGGUCCUUUAGAUGCCUGUUGAAAAACAUCCUUUGGCCCUGACCUCAGCAAACACUUUCCUGAUGUUCCUGUUCAUACAGAAUAAAUUAUUAAGCCAGUUUUGUAAGUUAUGGUUCUUAUUGUGGUCAGAAAAAGCAUUACCCAGGUUCAUCUGCUCAUUCAGUAACGGCAAGUCGGUACCACUCAGAGUUCCUUGGUUUUAUAGACGUAGUCAUAUCCACCCUUUGCUUCCCUGUUUCAAAACACUGAAAUGUUGAGCUUGGGGCUUCACAAACCAAUGGAUGACGUCACAGCGGCUACAUCUGUGUUUUAUGCCAUCUGUGGUUUAUGGCAGUGACAAACUUUGUGUCAUAGAUGUAUACAUCAUAAAAGACAAGUGUAGACACUGUGGUGUGUAAAGUCUCAUUGUAAAGCCAAGGCGAGUGUAUACAUCAUCACUUUCCCAUAGAUGUCUACACAAGCAUUAGAUUGAGGAGGUUUGAGGUGCUUCAACAUUGACUUCACUUUUCUGACCUGGAGGCUUCACCCAUCUUUGUAUAUUCAGUUUGUGGCCAUAACAAACAAAAUAGAGGAAAGGGUUGUCGCAGAUGGUACAAUUUAUACUUGUUUUGUCCCCCAAUGAUCUUUCACUAAACCUGACCCCCCCACGCUUCAAUCAACUAUGUCACAGAUUAAAGGCCCCCACACAGGAUGGAAGCCCGUGGCAGGAAAGUAUAGUUCAUGAGACUUUUUAUCAGAUUUUAUACUUCCUGAAGACACUUAUCUACAGCAUAAUCAGCUACACCACUCUGCAUGGAGGAAAACGAAGCUGUAGCAUUAAAUAAAUGGGCGCUUCAUCAGUAUUCUCUUUCUCAUUAGUGUCCUAAACAUCAGUAUUUAUAUACCAAGCACUGAGUGUUGUGGGAUUAAGCACCUCACUGGUCUUUUCUGUUGUUUUAUUACCGUUUAUAUUUAACAAAUUGUCUCCUGUGCUUCUCAAAGCCAUUCCGAGUGUCCAAUAAUUGAUUUUAUUGCUUUUUGUGGCUUUAUUUCAGCAUUUUCAACCAGAUGGAAGAAACUGUAAAAUUCAAAGAAAGUGAUGGACAAUCUUUGAAUCUGUAUCUGUGUCAGGGCCCCUGUGAUCAGCCGUGUCUUCCUGUUUCAGUUUUUUUCUGAUGUAUUUAUAUGCAAGUAAACACGCAGGUAAAUAACAAAAGCCUUUCUUCAGCUGACUGAGAUUUUAGUGCAAUACACAACGAUGCAAACACAGUGGAUUCUACUUUCUCCCGCAAACAUCUGAUGUUAAUCUGUCCUUUAAACUUUUGUGAGUGUUUUGUUGUCGCUAAUGUAGCGUUUUAAAUUUCACGUGUCUCUUUAAGAUGAUGUUCUCUGCUGUUGUGAUCCUGCCGCGUUCACUUUACUGAGCUGUGGGAAGGAAAGGAGAUUUGAGUUCCUGAUUGCAUAAGAUUUCAUUCGCCUCAGCUUUAAGGUGGAAACAAUAAUCAGUGAUCUGACUUCCUACACGUUAAAUCAAAAAUAAGAAACCACUGCUCUGAAACCACCACUUCACUCAUUUGCACAUUUUCUGUAAAUGCAUCUGUUGGUUUCCCCUCAGAAUGCUGAAGAAACCGAUCAGCAACAUUUAAACAUGACCUGACUGAACGCUGAGGCAGUGCUGCUGAUGUCGAUGCUGAUGUGUGUUAACGCUGCCACCUGCUAGUUAACAUCUGAUGGGACACUUUUCUUCCUUUUACUUGUGUUUCAUGCCCUCUUUUGAAAUAAAUUAUUGC